CACAGACACGCUACAACAGUUGGUGAUUUGCUUAUCUCAAGCUUCAUAUAGGCAGCGGCGGAGGGGAAGAAAUCUGCAAUAUGGUGCAGAGGUUAACCUACCGGAAGAGGCAUAGCUAUGCCACCAAAUCGAAUCAGACUCGUGUAGUCAAAACCCCUGGUGGGAAGCUCGUGUACCAGUACACUCACAAGAGAGCCAGCGGACCGAAAUGCCCUGUGACUGGAAAGAGAAUCCAAGGGAUUCCUCACUUGAGACCCACUCAGUACAAGAGGUCUAGGCUAUCCAGAAACCGAAGGACUGUGAACCGAGCUUAUGGUGGAGUUUUAUCUGGAGGUGCUGUCAGAGAGAGGAUCAUUCGAGCCUUUCUGGUAGAAGAGCAGAAGAUAGUGAAGAAGGUCUUGAAAAUUCAAAAGACUAAAGAGAAGCAGUCGUCCAAGAGCUAGGCCAAUAAACUAAAUGAGUUGUGUUAUGCAAUAGUUCGGUCGAUAUUCUCAGUAGAAUUAUCUACUUCCCUUGUCGUGUUAAUGUGGCGGCACUGUACGUGGUAUAACUGUAUUAUUUCCUGAGAUUUUAGGUGUAUUUGGUUUAUUAUUCCAUGGAUCUGUUUUGUUCCUGUGUU